AUGGUCUCCAAAACAGAAUCGGCAACGUACACCCACGGCCACCAUGCCUCCGUCGUACGCUCUCACAGCUGGCGCACAGCCCAAAACUCCAUCGCCUUUCUCCUCCCCCAUCUCAAGCCGGACAUGAAAAUCCUCGACAUCGGCUGCGGACCCGGCACGAUCACAGUCGACGUGGCAGCCCACGUACCGCAGGGACAUAUCACGGGUCUCGAGCGCGCAGGUGCCAUCCUGACACAAGCCCGAGCCAACGCGCAAGCAAAGGGCGUGACAAACAUUGAUUUCGUCGAGGGCGAUGCGAACGCCUUGUCUUAUGCGGAUGACACCUUUGACGUGGUAUUUUGUCACCAGGUCUUGCAGCACGUUGGUGAUCCCGUCGGGAUGCUGACGGAGAUGAAGCGUGUUGUGAAGAAGGGGGGGGAUUGUUGCGGCGAGGGAGGCGGAUUAUGGCGGAAUGGGGGUGAGCCGAAUGCGGGGCGGAUGUUGCAUGCUUGGGCUAGAAGGGCUGGAUUCGAUGAUGUGCAGUGUAGCUGUACGAUGUGGUGCUAUGCUAGUAAGGAGGAUGUUAAGUGGUGGAGUGAGUCGUGGGUUGAUCGGUCGUUGAAGUCGUCGUUCGCGACGACGGCGAUUGAGCAUGGUCUUGCGGCGAAGGAGGAUCUUGAGAGGAUUUCGCAAGCGUGGAGGGAGUGGGGACAGGAUCGGGAUGCGUGGAUUUCUAUUCCGAGUGCUGAGAUUCUGUGUAUUAAGCAGUAG